AUGGACCGCCCCGGGUUCCAUCCCAAGGUCGCGUCCACCAGUGUCGCCCGCGCGGUGCGCCGCGCGGUCGAACCGACCACGGGAGCCCUCGCACGCGCAGCCAAGCGCACCACAACCCUCGUUCGCAACGCUUUCAACCCUCAUCGCACGUCCCACGAAACCACGCUCGCCCGCCUUCAAGCUCAGCAGCCGCCCACUCCCGAUCCCGCUCCAGCUUCAACACCCGAUGCUGUGCCUCCUCAUGCACCGGCAAACCACCGAGCAGCCUGGGCGCCUGCGGAGGACCACGCAGAUGGGUACGAGGACCUGCGCGCACAGGCCGCCGCCUUCCCUGCCUCCGUCAGGCACCUCGCCGCCACCGUCGAGCACCCGAGUGCGCGCGAGGCCGCCGCCUCCGCCGCCGCCGCUUCCGACCCUGCCCAGUCCACGCCCACGCCCGCGUCCGCGCCCAUUCAACGCAAGGGCAUGGACGACCUCGUCAGGCGCCGGAACCUCCCUCCUACCGACGAUCCCCAGGUCCAACGCAUGCUCAUGAACCAGCAACUGAAGCUCGCGAGCACGCUCGAGAAGGAGGGCAUCAGCGUCGCCGAGUUGCUGAAGGAGAUCAACGAGCACGUCGAGCAACACCAAUCUCGCGCGUCGCCCAAGACCAUCAGCGGGCGCAACCUCAUCCUCGCCCGCUGGAUGCUCCUCUACAUACAAGUCUACGGCGACAGACCGCUCGAUUACGCUUGGGAUCCGGAAAUCGUCCAGGAGCUGGCCCCGCGCUUCCUGGAGUUCACUCUCAAGUUCGUCUUGGGCGUUCGGAACCGCAAGCGCCCGCUCAAGUCGCGCACCGUCCAAUGGUGGAUGGCUCUCCUCUGCCAGUCCAUCAUCCGCUACGUGACGGAUCCGAAGAAGGACUUCGCGCCUUGCGGCGUGCAGCUCCUCAUCGAACAACAGCUGUUCGACACGCUCAGCGAUCAAGUCGUCUCCUUGUCCAACAGGUUCAAUCUCGACCGCUCUCCCACCCGCAAGCUCUUCUUUGGGCUCUGGGAGGUCCUGAUCAUGAUCACCGGUGCCCUCGAGGACAUGCGCACCGCCCCGAACCCUCUCUAUCAUAUCCAGAGCAUCAUCAAGAUCCUUCUCCCCUUCUAUCUCACCGUUCGCCCAACGACCAUCGGACCCGCCACGCAGGAGCUUCUCGCCCAGGGCUUUUACAUCAAGCUUGCAGACAUCGGCAUCUUCAAGGAAGAGAAAGGGUACGAAGUCCACUUCACACUUCGAGCAUUCAAGGGACACUUCCAGUCCCACUCGGACCGACCUCAGCGUAUGGUCGUCCGAUCUGUUCAGCGCCCUGAACUCGCGCCCUUCGACCUGCCGUCCUGGUUGAUCGUCUACUUGAUCUCCAUCGGCGCAUUCCAAGACUUCACGACGCUUGACGAGUUUGAGGCGUCAGACGUUUGCCAGCGUCACAUCAAGCAAGAGUUCCUCGAUUACCCGCUCUGCUGUGCGGCCAACGAGGGAGGUCACGAACUCCUCAUCGAUAUCCCCGCCAUGGCGCAUCAUUUCUCGGACAACUGCCGUGUCCUCUGCAGAAGGAACGGUCUCCCUCAAGGCGGAACGCACAUGGUCAGGCGCGGCAGUGCACACGAGUAUGCCCUUGCGUCCGACGCGGUCACGUCAGGUCUCAUUUUACAUCAUAAACCCAGCGGCGACACGGCCGUCCAGCGCGAGUUCUACUCACCGGGUGCCGAGGGCGUCGACGUCACUGCCUUACGUCUCUCUACCGAUCCCCACAUAUCUCCCGCAAGCUUGCAGCGCAUCCAAGACCACCAUCAGCAAUUCUCCGUCGCUAUCGAUACUCUCGCCCGCAUCGCAAAUGAUCAUGUCAGUUACGUCGAAUACGGUCCUGCAGCCGCCAUCAAGGAGUACAAGCAGGCGGCGAACAAGGCUGCUAACGAGCGCGGCGAUGCUCACCCCGAAGUCGUGCAAGCCGAGGCUGCGCGCGACAAUCUCCUACCCGCCUACGUAGCCCUCUACGAUAUGCCCGACCCGCCGAAAGUCUUCGCCAUCACCAAGGUUCGCACCAUGUUCAAGCAUGCGACAACGCCCACUGUCAAGAAGCCCAUCGCGUCUUUCAAGCUCGGCGUCACCGAAGAACAAGCAUCACAGGCAUGUACUUUACUUCCACAACUGGCUCUUAUCAACGCAAAGCACGCAGAAUACCAGCAAGUCAAGAAGAAGCACCGCAGCCUGGAGAAGGACGACGAUGCGCGCGUCAUCACCGAUCGUGCACUCGCCAACAACAAGGAGGGCACUGUGGCGGAACGGCAGCAGGCCCGCUCAUUCUUGCACGAUGCUCCCUCGCUCCUCACCGCCAACAUCAUCAAGGACUACAGGCAUAGGACGGCGGUCAUGCUCACGUCCGAGGAUCAGAUGGCGGACGCGCUCGACCUCGACGGUGCGGACGAGGAUGCUGUGUUUGCAGAGACCUGCAAGUCGCGGCCCAUUGUCCAGGUUCACAGAGGUGCCACGCGCGCGAGGAACGCGGCUGCCGCUGCCGCUACAGCUGCACAGAAGGCCGGAGCGGGCCAGGCGGAGGUGGCUGCUGCCGCUCAAGCAGCGACAGCGCAGGUGGCGCGCGCCCAGGUGGAGGGUGCCAACGAUGAGCUGGAUGCGGAGGGGGAGGAUGACGUUCCGGUUGUUCCGGUCGAGGAGACCACCGUUCCGGCCGUUCAGGACGACGGCGUUGAGGACGACCUGAACGACCCGUGGACAGUCGCUGAGGCAGGCCGAACGCUCGGCACCAUGUCCUCCCUAGACACGCUCUGCAUCUUCAAGCGCAUCCUCUUCAGCUUCGUCAUCGCCCAGCGACUGGCCCCCCACGUCAAGGUCACCAGCGGCCCCAAGAAGAGAGUCCAGUACUACAUCUGCACCCUAUGCGCACCCCUCCGAGCACAUCUGAACAAGCACCAUAUCAAAGGGACGAGCGCGCCGGAAUUGCAGGAGACGUUCAAGACGAAGUCUCAGUUGACGAACCACCAGAAAACCCAGCACCUCAACGAGUGGCGCGAGACGUUGUUCACGAUCGCGCGCGACGGCCGCAGGUUGCAAUGCCCCGGCUGUAAACUCCACAAGGGCAGCCUUGACCGGCUGGUCAUUCACAUGCGCUUCCGAUGCACGGAGAAGGCCAAAUACGCACAAAUGUUCGACGACUAUCGCGAGAUCCGCUGCGCGACCAAGGGCCACACGAAGCCCAAAGGUCUGAUUAGGCGCAAGGGCAUCUUGGACGAGACCACCGAUGUGUCGGACACGGACGAUGACUGGUCGGACUGGGAUGGCUCGGAUGAGGACACGCCUGAAGUAAUGCCAGAGGCGGCGCAGGACGCGCAAGAUAUGCCGCGUGUAUCGCCUCGCCCGACUGCGGCGGCGGCGGCGGCGGCGGAGGAUGACGAUGACGACGAGUCUCAGCCGUCAGCCCAAAGGGAGGCAAGCGACGGCGACGAAAGCGAUGCCGACGACCGACUUGACGACGGCGAUGAGAGUUUCGUUGACGACGCUUCGAGCAGCAGCGAGGGCAACAGCAGCAUCAUUGGCGCGGACGACGAUGAGUACAUGCCUUGGGCGGCCGCCCCCGCCGUCGACGACGAUGACGAAGACGAAGAACGUUCGUUCGCCAACAUCUCCCUCCUAUCGGACCAGCAGGCCAUGCUCAUGCAGGACUACGAAACGUUUUCUAUGAUCCUCGAGGGCCAGUUUGACGGUCUUGGUGCCAACGUACUGCAGGCCGUAUACGAGCACAGCAAGACCAUGCUGGCGAACGCAGGUGGGCACAUCGACAUCGCCCCCGCCGAAUGGCAGGCUGCGCUGGCUCGCGUCGACGCCGUUGAGGUCCCGGGUGCGGUCGAAAUGGACGACUUGAUGGAGGAUUGCCAGAACUGGAUAUCUCAGAUGGAGGCUCGCUCGCCGGAUCUUUCCUCACACCAAACGCACCUUGCGCAGGUCUUCGCGACGAUUCGGCGCAGGAGCGCGAUGCCAACGAUUGGGAUGCACGAGUGGGAGGACGCGGGACAUCUUCUUUAG